GAUUGUACGAAAUGCUCGGGAACAUACCCAUAUUACAUUCUAUUUAUAUGUGCAACGAUGAAGAUGGUUCUAUAUUGGUUCUAGAACUUGACGCAGAUAAUAUCUGGCUAGUUGAUAGCGGAUCCUCUCGCUCACCAUCUUAUCAAUAUUUUAGGGCCGCAAUUCUAAAACGUAAAAUAUCGAAUAUUAAAGGGAUCAUUAUCACAAAUAGACAUGCUGGACGCCUUGAUGGCAUUAAAAGGUUUCUCAAAAAAUUAUUUUCACAAAACAUAAGCACUGAGGAAUCACAAAAGCUUGAUUGUCUCGUAAUUCUUACCAAGGAAUUCAAUAAUGAACCAAUUAUUGAUAUCUUAAAAGAUAAUGAAUUUGAGAUUAUUAAUGAUUUAAAUGAUAAAGAAUCGAUUUUUGAAAGCAAAAACAUAACCAUAAAGCAUUUUUUCCAUGACAAGGGAAUACCUUUAGUUUUAAAAUGUAAAAAGAAUGUUGAGCAAAAUACAAGCUUUUUGCAAAGCUGUUAUGAGAAUGCUGUGAGAUUAAGUAAUUAUGUGGAGAAUAAUUCGCUAGCGAGAAUUCUCGGUUUGGGCAGAGGCGAGAUUGAAACAUCAUCUAAUUUACUCAUAGAAAGAACAAUUAAUGAACUAUCCACAAACUUACAAGGUAACAAAUCAAAAGCUCACGUAGACCUAUCAAGUAUUCCAUGUAACCCAAAAGACGGGGAUAUGGUUCUCACCAGUGAUAAUGUCGCUUCAUGGAUACUAGAAGUGGAAACGAUAAAGUUAAAAGAAUGUCAGCAGAUACAAUCAAAUGAACGACCAUUUAUUGGUAUAUUUCAAGUACCAAAUUAUGGAUCAAGAAUUAAUUCGAUGGCCAGAACUCAUGUGAGCCCUCCUAAAUAUGUAAAGCAACAAUUUGUUCUGAUGAUGAUGAUACUAUAUUACGGAGGACUAUUUGAUUUUAAAGAUUUUGAUGAUAAAACUACCGUUGAAGCUGAUUUUGAAAUUAUGUGCGACUUUUCUAAUUUUGAAAUGUUUGAAGAAGCGGCCAAAUUGAAAUGA